AAGCUUUAUCGUACAUGCACCAUGAUUGUUUACCUCCUAUUAUUCAUCGAGACAUAUCAACCAAAAAUAUUCUGUUCAAUUCUGAGCAUGAAGCUCAUGUAUCCGAUUUUGGGACAGCAAGAUUUUUGAGCCUUGAUUCAUCAAAUUGGACUUCAAUUGCUGGAACCAUGGGAUAUACAGCUCCAGAGUUUGCUUACACUGCAGAGGUAAACUGCAAAUCUGAUGUGUAUAGCUUUGGAGUGGUAACACUUGAAGUGAUUAUGGGGAAACAUCCUGGAGACCUCAUUACAUUCCUUUCUUCAUCCUCGUUUUCAGAUAUUGAUGGCAUGCUUUUUAUGGAUUUGUUAGAUCCUCGACUACCUACUCCAAAAAGAAAUGUCACACAACAACUUGUGUUGGUUGCAAAGAUAGCAAUAUCUUGUAUGAAUUCCAAUUCACAAUAUCGGCCAACUAUGCAACAAGUUUCUAUGUUGCUAUCCAAGGAAAGGGAUUUUCCCAAUUUUUCCCCUGAUAUCACAUUAAGCCAGUUGUUUGGUCUUGAAUUUCCAAAUCCAUAAAUUUUUACACUAUUCAUGUUUGGAACAAUGUAUGUGGUUUUAACAUGAGGAUGCAUAAGGACGUAGGCAAUCUUAGAACCAGUAUGUAGAUAGA